CUCUGCCCGUACGCAAGUUUACGCGGUUUAAAAAAUAAAUAAAUUUUGUGGUUUUAUUAACAAUAUCGUGAGAAUUUUUUGGUGUAUAAAAUGUGUUUAACAAAUAAAUCACAAGAUGGAUAAAAUUAAAAAUAAAAAGGCACAAAAUAGGAAGGAUAAUAAACAAUUAUUACAUCGGAACGAAAAUAUAUCAGAAAAAAAUAUCGAAGAGGAAAACGUCACGAAUGUAUACAAGUAUAGCGGAAUACUGACAAGAAAUGAAACCAAUACAAAUGUAUUUUUUCUUAUAUGUAUAAUAGGUCUAUCUCUAGCGAUACUAUUAGAGAUAAUAAACGUACAAAAUAGAAAGGAAAAUGUUUACAAAGAUUAUGAAACGAACAGACGACGAUAUUGGGUGUAUUCUGCCUACAAUGAUGUUGAAAAUAAAAACGGAUUGUUGAAACACGUUCAUUUAGUGCUGGAAAGGAUUGGUUAUGAGAAAGCUACCAAUAAUACUCCUUGGUCGCUACUAUGGUCUCACGACUACCCAUUCAGGGUACUGUAUCCAAAUUUGCACAGCUUAAAAACGAAUCAGAGAGUCAAUCAUUUUCCGGGCACAGGCUUCAUAACAAACAAGGUUGACUUAGCGACAUCGUCUUCCAAAUUUAUUCCAAAAGCGUUCAAGAUACCAAAAAAUACCAAGGAGUUUUUACAAUAUGCGAGUGAAAAUAGGAAUGCAGUGUUUUUGGAAAAGCACAAUCAACAUCGAGGUGUAUAUUUAAAGAACGUGACCGCAAUUGAUUUGUUGAGUGGCGAAAGUUUCGUUCAGGAGUACGUGCAAAAACCUUUCUUGGUGGACGGACACAAGUUCGACAUUGGCGUUUAUGUGGCACUGACGUCUGUUGAUCCUUUGCGAGUGUAUUGGUACAAAGGAGAUGUACUUUUCAGAUACUGCCCAGCAAAAUAUUACCCGUUCGAUCCAAAAAACCUUGACAAGUACGUGAUUGGAGAUGAUUAUUUACCUACGUGGGAGGUGCCGUCGCUGGCACAUCCGUACACCGCCCUGGGAUUCAGUAUGAAGGAAGCUUUCGACCAUUAUGCCAAGUCUAAGGGUAAGAACACAACAAAAAUGUGGGAGGAGGUACAAGAAGCUAUUACAGAAGUGUUCCUCAAAAAAGAACACCAUAUUAUUGAGGCAUUGAAAAAUUACCCGUCCAAAGACAACUUUUUCGAAAUGAUGCGUUUCGAUCUCGUAUUGGAUGAGGAUUUUAGAGUAUAUCUGUUGGAAGCCAACAUGUCUCCCAACUUAAGUUCAGCUCACUACCCUCCGAACCAGCUUCUGUAUGAACAAGUUUUGUACAACCUGUUCAAUCUCGUUGGAAUUACAAAUCUUGCAAACAAUAACAAUGCAGAUAGAAACAGCAUGAUAUCAUCGCAAAAAAAUAUAGCAGUUUACAGCCACGAAUGCAGUACAAUAUGCAAGGAAAAUUGCGAGGCGUCAGAUAUUUGUAGACUAUGCAAACCAUGCCUAGAAUCUAAGUUGAAAACGAGUUUACUGAACGCUCACAGGGAGUACCUGCACAAAGGAGACUUUAGAAGGCUAUUCCCGCCUCCAACGAUUCCGAAUUCAAACAAAAUAGAACAAAUAAAGCCAGUUAAUCACAUGAACAAAUUACAGUAUCUAUGGUUUCAAGGAAAAUGCAAUAAUGACAUCACUUGGUGUUUAUAGAAAAAAACAACUUUUUAUUUAAUUACCCAUUUAUUAAAUAUUUAUUACCAAAAAAUAACUUUUCUUACUAUA